ACCAUACGUCUGAUUGAGGUAGAUCAGACGACAGUUCCUUUGCCUACUACUUUACCCACGACUACAGUUCCACCGCCCACUACUGAGACCACCUGUGAUCCCUUCAACACCGGGCGCUCUCACCACCAGCCAAGCUGAUGCGGCGACUACGUUAUUAUCAACCAGUGGCGUGCAUUGGUCUACGCCGCCACACCACACCGUACCAGAAGAAGGCUCUGGAGGGGUUAACGUUACUUCAGCAACAAAUUCUUCAUCAAUCACCCCUAUAACGCCCUCUAACAAAACCAGCGAUCCAGCAGUGUCCGUCUUUACCCAUCAAACUACUACAGAAUUCGAAUACAACAUCUCCAAAAUAACAACGCCUUCUGCCCUCACUAGUAACUCAUCACACACAGAUAUUACACCAACAGUUACACCUCUUUCCUCCACAUCACUUCCCACAAACCAGAGUAUCCAUACAACCUCCAUGCUACAUAAUUUGUCCAAAACGAGUAUUCCGUCAACUGACAAACCCCAAUCAACAAAACCCCCGCCCGUGGCCUGCCCUCCUGACGUUACAGUGAUCCACCGGGACAACGUGAGCUUUCCCUGGGUGACAGACGACGGGGGGACAGUCUCACCCUAACCCUCACGUGGCCUGAGACUACAUUGGGAAGAAAUGCUUACUCCAUAGAGAGAUGCCCUUCAUGGUCUGAGAAUGCUGGUCGCCGCCGAGGCCGAAGGCGAUGUAGGCGGGACGGGACGUGGGGACGCCCGGUACCUAUCAGCUGUGAUAUCGGACUGGAGGAGCUCGCACAGAGACCCGUGACACAUCUGAACGUGGAGGAAGUGGCCAGUACAGUUCAGAUCUUCACAAUGACUCCACAGGAUCUUUACAUUCAUGACGUCAUCCACACGGCUGAGGUGUUAGAGGCAGUUGUAAAUACAAAUGACACAGUUUCUGAGGAGGUAGGGCAGUCUGUGAUGACCAGCAUCAGUCAGCUGAUGAACGUCAACACGGAGACACUGAUAGAAGGGCACGUCGUGGAUAACGUCACCAACAGGAUCCUGAACACACUGGAGACCCUAUCCAAUCGCGUGACUCCAUCCGACCCGGACCAGUCACUGACCAUGGUCGAGUCGAACCUAUGCAUGCAGGUUCUAGAUAUCAACUUGACUCAGACUUUUCCCGGACACGGAUUUUUGGCCCUGGCCCUCUCAGCUGGACAGGACGGGUCCUUCACAGAGGCGUCGGUAGAGGGCGUCGCCGGCGCGGACAACGUUCACAUAGGAGAGGUGGACGCAGCGAUUCACAUCCCUCCUGAUCUCGUGGACUAUCUCAACACUUUACCCAACCGACCCGAGCGUGACAUCGUGAGGCUGACCUUCACGAUCUUCCAGAACAGCAGGCUGUUCCAAACGACAGCAGAGCACACCGAGGACAACCAAGACACAGCAGGAUACCGCCGUGCCGUGAACAGCCGGGUUGUGGCCAGCAGUGUGGCUGGCCUGUCUGUCCGGGAUCUGGCCAUUCCCAUACAGACCAGCUUCAAACCCAUCGUGACUGACCAACAUACGAACAACACGGAGUGUGUGUACUGGGACUUCGGCUUGUCGCUCGGUAAGGGCGGCUGGUCUACCGAGGGGUGCUGGCAGAACAGGACGGAGGAGGGCAGAGUCGUCUGCUACUGUGAUCACCUCACCAACUUUGCUGUCCUCAUGGACAUCUACGGCCAGGGCGACCCGCUGUCGGCUGCUGACGUGUUCGCUCUUGACAUCAUCAGUAAGAUCGGCUGUAGUCUCUCCAUCGCCGGGCUGAGUUUUACCCUGCUGACGGCAGCAGUCUUCAGGCGUUUUCGGAGCUCUAACCCGCAGAUCAUCCUGAUCCAGCUGUCCAUCGCGCUCCUGGGCGUCCUCAUCACCUUCCUGGCCGGGAUCGACCGCGUGGAUCCCUCCGCGGGGUGCAUCGCCGUGGCCGCCUGUCUGCACUACUUCCUCCUGGCCGGGAUGAUGUGGAUGGCGGUGGAAGCCUUCUCCAUGUACAUGGCCUUCGUCAAGGUCAUGUCCGCGCACAUCUCAAGAUUCGUCCUCAAGGUGUCACUCGUGGCAUGGGGUGUACCCCUAAUUAUUGUGGUAGUGACCCUAGCUGUGGACGUGGACCAUUAUCGUGGUGGAGACAAGUACUGCUGGAUGGCGCUUACGCCCUUGUACUACGCGUUCAUGCUGCCGGCCGGUCUGAUCGUCCUCUUCAACCUGGUGGUCUUCAUACUCAUCGUUAAAGAACUUUACUGCAAAAGAACGAAGUCUGCCAUCACCCUCCGGAAGUCCAAAAAGGUUACCGGGUCCCCAACGCCGAGACACAAGGAGACUCUCCAACGUUUCCGAGUGGCGGUCGCGAUCUUCGUGGUGCUCGGCCUCACCUGGGCCUUCGGCUUCCUGGCUAUCUCCGGCGCCAGGACCGUCUUCGCUUACCUGUUCUGUAUCUUCAACUCUCUGCAGGGUUUCUUGAUCUUCAUCUUCUUCUGCGUGCGUCAGAAGGAGGUGCGUGACCGCUGGUUCUUCCUGUGCGCCGCCUGCUUCAACCGCCAGUACAGCUUCAGCGAGGUGAUGGUCAGCCGCUCCAUGGACUCCAACAGUAACCUGCGCACUCCGGGCAGCACGCCAGCAAUCGGCAGAAAGUCAAAACCAAACGGAGUCAAGGCCCCCUACCCUCACCAGAACGGCGGCAAGAUGAUGAUGAACGGCACCACAGCCAGUCACAGCAGCGCCACCAUGCGGAGCAGCAACAACUACAACACCUACACCUACAGGAACAAGGGGUACAAGGCUGACACCAUCUCUACCAGCAGCAAGUCUACUACUGAUGGGGCAGAGGACAUGCAACCUGACACUGUGUGAAGGAACGUCACUGUUUAAACGCCUAGGGAAGGAUUGUAGUGUGGUGGCAGUGAAGGCAGCCUGGUGCUGCUAUAAGCAUUGUAGCUAGAGGUUUGGGGUAAAGGUUUGGGGGAAAUUCAAUGGGGUUGUGGCAGUUCUAUGAAUGAGACUAGCAUGUAACAUUAGAUCUGCUAAAAGUCCAACUUCUUGAAGGAGCUAUUAGGUUAAACAUUUAUUUAUGUAUAUACGUUUAUUAGUACCUUCGAUGACAGUAUCUUUGCUACCUUACAGAAUUUUGACAAUAAUAAGUUUAUAUUUGCCUGAAUUCCAUUAUAUAAGCAAUACCUCUGUAUACCUACUGACAUAAGGAUGUAGAUAAACUAGUGAACAUGGUUCCAUCAGUUAACAUGUUAAUGUUGAGUUUUAACCCAAAAUCGUUUCAACUGAAAAAGGGACCAAAUCAAUAAGCCUGUAAGCAGUUAACCCUGAGAUGUUGGGAACUUGUUAUAUGUUGUAAGAUUAGUGACGUAUAAUACAUAACACAUUGUACAGAAGUGUUAUGCAUAUUACAGGUUGUUGUGUUAUGGUGUUAUGCUUAUCACUAAGUUAUGAAAUACCAGAGUAAUGGAUAAUGCACACCUCCAAAGAUGACUGUGCUACGACAAUGCAGCAUUUGCAAUAUUUCAUUUGUAUUAAAAAAUUGGGUACAU